AUAUGACAUUUCUUUAUAAUUUACAACGAUAUUGUCGUCUAAAAUAUGCCAAAGACCCAAAUGUCACAACGGUAUUAACAACGCACUAAAUAGCGUUCAACUCUCAAAGAACCAAGUCGUCAACUUUCACGGUGCAAGCCAUUGCCCAUGUUUCUUUUUCCUUACCAAAUAGCCCAUAGCUUAUAAUUCACAACAUCCUUUGGUAAGUCAAAGCUCAUUAGCAAAGAUGGGGAAGAAGAGGGUUAUGGUGCCGGCCAAGGACCUGGACUUGUCCACCGUCAAAUACGAGCAUGAAGUGAUCAAAGCUCCUCAUUUGAUGGGUUUGAUGCUGAAGUUGUUUGUGAGGAUGGUUGAAGCUCCUGUUUUAGGCUCUUUGAUCAUGUCUUUUUUGAAAAAACAGAACAAAAUGGUUGAGAUGUUGCAGAACACUGUGAUACCAGAAGCACCCAUGUUUAAACCUGAAUUUCCUCCUCAAGAUGCAGAACCUUCUGUAGUCAUUGUGGAUGAAGAAAGAAAACCCGAGGAUCGAGCUGAAUUGGCCUUGAAGUGUCUUCCUCAUUAUGAUCCAGCCAGUUGCUGGAGUGGGGAUUCGCUUCCAUCAUUCCGGUACUGGAAGAUUCGUGAUUAUGCUUAUGCUUAUCGAUCUAAACUUGUGACACCUUCUAUGGUUGCUGAAAAGAUCAUCUCGGUAAUUGAGGAUUGUAACUAUCAUAAGCCCCCAACACCAUUAUUGAUUUCAUUUGAUGCUGAGGAUAUAAGGAAGCAGGCUGCAGCUUCAACACGAAGGUUCGAGGAAGGAAACCAAUUGUCAAUCUUGGAUGGAAUUUUCAUGGCAAUCAAGGAUGAUAUAGACUGCUAUCCCCAUCCAUCUAAGGGUGCAACAACUUGGAUGCAUGAGGUUCGCUCCGUUGAGAAGGAUGCAGUUUGUGUGUCAAGAUUGCGGAGCUGUGGUGUGAUUCUUGUUGGGAAGGCCAACAUGCAUGAAUUGGGCAUGGGCACAACUGGAAACAAUCCAAACUAUGGAACAACCAGAAAUCCUCAUGCAGUGGAAAGAUAUACAGGUGGAUCCUCCUCUGGUCCAGCAGCGAUUGUAGCUUCUGGACUAUGUUCUGCUGCCCUUGGAACAGAUGGUGGAGGUUCUGUCCGUAUUCCUUCUUCCCUUUGCGGUGUUGUGGGCUUGAAAACAACUUAUGGACGGACGAGCAUGGAAGGGUCUAUAUGUGAUGCUGGGACUGUGGAAAUCAUUGGACCAAUAGCAUCAACAGUGGAAGAUGUCAUAUUAGUGUAUGCAGCAAUUUUGGGUUCUUCUCCAGAUAACAGAAUCUGUUUGAGACCGCCUCCCCCCUGUUUUCCAGAUUUGUCAUCACUUGAGAAUGCAAACACUUUGGGAUCAUUAAGACUGGGGAAGUAUACAGAGUGGUUUAAUGAUGUGCAUUCAACUGAUAUCUCGGAUAUCUGUGAAGAUGUUCUUAAGCUUUUGUCAAAAAGCCAUGGAUGCGAAACAAUAGAGAUAGUAAUACCAGAACUACAUGAGAUGCGCACUGCUCAUGUUGUUUCAAUUGGAUCGGAAACACAAUGCUCGUUAAAUCCGGAUUGUGAAGACGGGAAAGGUGUGAAAUUGACGUAUGAUACUCGCAUAAGUAUGGCACUUUUUCGAUCAUUCACUGCAUCGGAUUAUAUAGCUGCCCAAUGUCUUAGACGAAGGAUAAUGCACCAUCACAUGGAGAUCUUCAAGAAGGUUGAUGUCAUAGUGACCCCAACAACUGGCAUGACAGCACCAAAAAUACCAUCUAGUGCUUUGAAAGAUGGAGAGACAGAUAUGCAGGUUACAGCUUAUCUCAUGAGGUUCAUUAUUGCCGGUAAUCUUCUUGGUCUUCCUGCCAUUACCGUCCCUGUUGGUUAUGACAAACAAGGCCUUCCGAUAGGCUUGCAGCUCAUAGGCCGUCCGUGGGGUGAAGCGACAAUUUUACAUUUGGCUUCUGCAGUUGAGGAACUUUGUGCUAAAUCCAGGAAGAAACCUGCAUCCUUCUAUGACAUUUUAAAUAUCAAAUAAAAAGCCUUUUACAGCUCCAAGAUGCAUGGACUACAUUUUACAGAAGACCCUCAACAACCCUCAACCGGCUCCUCAAGAAUCUAGUAUGAUCUAAUCCUGAAAUGAUGUUUCUUAAUACAUGUUUGAAUAAGCUCUGUUCUCUGAACUGAUGUUCCAAUCGAUUCUACUAUAGCUUCUCCAAAAACUACCUGGUGUUGUUUUCAGUUUUACCGUUCCUUGUACUCUUCCAUGAUUAGGAAGCUAAAGGAAAAGAAGUUCUAGAAGCAAAUAGCUAUCCAAUAAAAGAUAAGCUGAUAUGAAUGUCUACAUUGAAAAUGUUACAGUAAAACAUAUAGAUAGUUGAGAUUUGAGGUACCUGUAACUUCUUCAGUCUUUGCAAACCAAGGGAAUUCCAACAACUGGUUCUUUACAAAGUUCUUACAAUCUAUUUGUAUAUCAA